CAAUUUCAGCUGCUACGGUCAAAAUUUUGGGACCCACUCUCCCCUCCAUCAUUAACUACCCGACGAAUUAACCGACCCGAAUCCCUCCACCUUCAUUACAAUAUCCUUCAAUUCAAAUAACAACACAGAGAUCUACCCAGAUAUUGUGUUUGUUUGUGUGUUUGAAUCUUUGUACACGAAUUUUGUUUGCAGAUCAGAUGGUGGGAUGUUGAACUUUCUGUAUGAAUUUGAUGUGUAAACACAGAAACAAGUGAUUUCAGUUUACUUCCAUGGCUGCUGCCUUCUGUUCUUCUUCGUCUUCUUCCUCCAUUACUGCUUCCCUCUCUCCUCGUCCUCAUCCUCCUUUCACCCCUAUUCAGGAAUGUGAAAGAGAAGGAAAAGAAGAAGAUGAAUCUUGUGAGCAAAAUAGUGUAAGAGCUACGCCAAGUGAUUGUUCUGAAACCAACAAGGAAUCGUAUUAUGUUCAUCAACCGACACCUCUCCACCACAAUAACCCCAAAACCACCGUCAAAUCAACGAAAAAGAGAUCGGAAUCAUACGAUGCCGGAAAGAAUUCCGAUGACCGAGGGGUGUCAUGUAACAAAUGCAGACCAAGUGCUCGAGAAAAGUUCUCAGUGGUCCCACUUGAUACCACCACCGUCGGCCGUCACUCCACCGCCAGCCCGAACGGAUUAUUCAAAUCAAUUUUCUCAUCUCUCGUGAAAAGAAGUCCGAGAUCCGCGUCAUCGUCGUCGGAGGGGUUGAUGGCGGUGCCGGGAAAGGAGGAGCAAUGGAAGGGUGCGGUGGCUGAACUUUCUCAUAAGCUAAUUCAAGCUACAAAAAAGCGCGAUGAAGCCAUUCUAGAAGCUUCUAGAUUGAAAUUCUCCAUGGCCGAGCUUGAAAAAAAGCUCAACAAACUGGAAACGUACUGUCAUACUCUGAAAUCAGGACUCGAUGAUUGCACAAAUAAAUCAACCACCAUGAAACACGACCCAAUCAAGAUCGGUGAUCAUGACAGAGUGAUUGAACAUUUCCUGGUAUCAGUAUCAGAAUCUCGAUCAUCGAUGAGGCAUCUCAGCCGUUCUUUAACCGUGCAACUCCCACAAAUCGCCGGAGGAAAGCUAUAUGAUCGUAUACAAUUACUUCUUCAACCAUAUGAUAUCAAGAUUUCUGUAUCAACAAACCCCAGAAUCAUGCUUCUGUACCUUGAAGCUCUCCUCAACAGAGCAUUUUUCGAAGAUUUUGAAUCACCCGGGUUUCAAAAAUCCGGGUCGAACCAUACCCUCAACCCGAUCCACAGAUGCGAACGAAAUUUCAAAUCUUUCAUUCAUUUAAAGGAGUUAAGUUGGGAAGAAGUUUUAAACAAAGGCACCAAACAAUUUAGUGAGGAGUUCAGUAAAUUUUGUGACCGGAAGAUGAGCGAGGUUGUAAGCAUGUUAGGGUGGACCAGGGCUUGGCCCGAACCGCUUCUACAAGCAUUUUUUGGUGCAUCAAAGUCUGUGUGGUUGGUACACCUGUUGGCUAACUCAGUACACCCAGGACUACCCAUUUUUAGGGUGGACAAAGGGGUUCGGUUUGAUUCGGUGUACAUGGAGGAUAUGGGUGGAGACAAGGCGAAGAAGUUCAUUUCGCCAACGGUUCGAGUCAUGGUUGAACCCGGGUUCUACAUCUAUGGAAAUGUGGUGAAGUGCAAGGUCAUAUGCAGGUACCAUAGCAACAAUGGGUUUAUAAAUGUUUCCCCAAAUAGUAACCCUUAAUGAUUAAUUAACUUUGGUGUAGUUUGGAAUAGUGUUUUAUGGUUUGCCUUUUAGGGUUUCUUGGGUCAACUAAAAAAGGGUUUUUUAUGCAACAUAGUUGGGUUUUGGAUACUAUAAUUAUUAGAUUAUGGGUCAAAGGGAAAAGGGUUUGUGGUUUCUUGUUGCUUUUGUUCUUGUUGGAGAUGGGUCUAUGUGGCUUUUAAAACCCUAGGGAGAGAAUAAUAAAAGUGCUUUGGAUUGGAAUC